CCAGCCCACGUUCCCAGCAUUCCGGGUUGGGUGCAGGAAGCAUGCGCGCUGCGGGGGAGCUGGGCGCCGAGGCGGGCGCCUCGCUGCUUCUGUGCGCCGCGCUGCUGGCUGUGGGCUGCGCGCUCGGCCUGCGCCUGGGCCGCGGGCGGGGGGCGGCGGACCGCGGGGCGCUCGCCUGGCUCUGCUUCGACGCCCUGGUGCACUUCGCACUGGAAGGCCCUUUUGUCUACUUGUCUUUGGUAGGAAACAUCGCAGAUUCUGACGCCUUGAUUGCUUCGUUGUGGAAAGAAUACAGCAAAGCUGAUGCAAGAUGGCUCUAUUUUGAUCCAACUAUUGUGUCUUUGGAAAUUACGACUGUUGUCCUGGAUGGGUGUCUGGCAUUGGUCCUCAUUUAUGCCAUCAUCAAAGAGAAAUGUUAUAGGCAUUUCAUACAGAUUACCCUGUGCGUGUGUGAGUUGUAUGGCGGGUGGAUGACCUUCUGCCCAGACUGGCUUAUGGGAAGCCCCAACCUCAAUACCAACAGUCGGCUCUACUUUUGGGUCUACCUGGUAUUUUUCAAUGGUGUGUGGGUUCUGAUCCCGGGACUGUUACUGUGGCAGUCAUGGGAGGAACUCAAGAAAAUGCAUCACAGAGGAACCAAUUCAGGCAAAAAGUUCCAGUAAAUUUUUAAAAUCAUCUUGCUUUAUGAGCCAGAAUGAGUCAAACCUGUUUGUUUUGACAAAAAUGUAACACAUUCCGGUCUACACUUUCUUUUUAUAUUGUUCUUGAACAGCCUAAUUGAUUUCAGUUAAAUCAAUUUCAGAUUGAUUGUAAGGUGGCAAGUUUUUGUUGUUGUUUUUUUUUCCAAUUAAAUGGUGAUAUAGGGAACAGAAUACAUUUUAAUAUAUAAUAAUAACACAUUUAAUUAUACAUUUUUACAGCUAGCAUUGUUCUACAUUAAUAAAUUUUCAUGAAAUGCCAUAGAGCAGGUUAUAUUAUUUUUUUAUUCCAAAGAACAGGUUGUUGCUUCAACUUUUGAUCUUCCCACCAGUCUUUUGGUUACUAAAGUGAAAUCAGAAACAAAAUUCUGUUUUGCAUUUGCAUUUUACCAAAUUUGUGAAGCCAACCAAAAAUGAUAAUAGAGGAAUUUGUAAGUGAGCUUCAAGAAGAAAAAAAAUGGAAGAACAUACUCUCUAAAAAGGAUACAAAAAAUUGGAAAAGUUUGACUACAUUAAAAGUAAGUACUUCAGUUCAUCAAAAUCCAACAUUAGGAGAGUGAAAAAGGAAGCCAGAAGGUAGAAGAUAUUUGUAGUACAUUUCACUGACAAAAGAUUUAUCCCAGUGGGUAAAUCAAGUAGAAAAAGAUAUGCAGUCUAAUAAAAAAAAGUUGACAAAAUAUUUGAAUAAAUACUUCACAAACGAGAAGGGAAUUUGGAAAAUGAUAAUUAAGGUCACAAUAAGAUGUAGCUACACACCAAUCAAAAUGGCUAAAAAUAAAGAGACUGACAGUGAAGAGUGCUGGUGAAGAUGUGGAGCAGCUGGAACUCUCAUACAGUGCUUGUAGACUGUAAAGAGGAAACCUGCUUUGAAAUAACUUAAACUGAACACAUGCAUGCCCUAAAACCUAGCCGUCUGACUCUUAGGUAUGCUUCCCAAAAGUGCUUACCGUGUGUACCAGAAUGGCAGCAUUAUUCGUAAUAGCCCCAAACCAGAAACAACCUAAAUGAAUAAAUUGUGGUAUAAACAUACAAUGGACUACUUUACAAUGAAAAUCACAGGAAUGAAAAUUAACAACCUACUUCUGCCUAUGACUGCAUGGAUGAAUAUCACAGACUUAUAAAUGAAGGAAGCCAGACUAAACUGAUACAUAUUGUAUGAAUUCAUUUAUGUAAUGUCCCAAAACAGAUAAAACUACGGUGUCAGAAAUCAGGAUAGAGGUUGCCUUUGGGAAACCUUCGUCAUGGGGAGAAGUCAUGAAGGGGCUUCUGAGAUGCUGGUAAUGUGCUGGUUUUUUUUCAUUUGAGCAGUGGUUACAAUUUGUGAUAAUUCAUUCAGCUGGAUCUUUAUGAAUGGUGUGCUUUCCUCUAUAUUUGUUAUACUUCGAUUUUUAAAGUUUAUUUGUAAAGAUUCCUGGUAUGAAGACCUGAAACAUGUCUCCAAGUGGGUCCUGAUGAAGAGGACGCUGUGUCCUUGGCAAAAGAUUUAUUACAUCUCAGGCUGUGUCUAACAGUGUCCCCCACGUGGGCUGAAGGCAGGAUGCCAGAGAGAGUUUAUAAAAGCCUUUCUAUGAGGGAUUACCUAGUUGUUUCCAGUAUUUUGCUCUCUGCUGAUCUGGCUCAAUCCAAGGGUAAACAGUAGAGAAAAAUGGAUGGGCCGCAUGUCCUGCAGACGGUCCUGAAAACAUGAUUUCUCUCAAUUGAGUUUUUGCUGAGUAUUGGAUGGGAAAGAAGUGGAGAUUAUAGACUCUGAAAGGAACUUGGAAGACAGAUACACUACUGACAAGUAAGGACAGAUCUAAAUGUUUUAACCAUUAAGUGAGUUGGGAGAAGUGUUGGUGUCCCCUUAUGAAAGCCUAACAGGUCACUGUGAACAGAAGCCCAUCUCCCUGUGACAGGGAGGCAGGGGCAAGGUGAGAGAGGUCACACUGUAUUUCAUUAGUUCUAAGAUAGGUGUCUUCUACACCCAUGAUGACAUUUAGAAAGUUAGAAUGCGUUUUUACAGUUGAUGUGUCAUAGUUGAGUUGACGGUGUUUUCUCUUUCAAAAACGUGAUGCAGCUUAUAUUUGACAGCAUCUUCUAAACAGGUACUACCUUCAGUGUUUCCUAGGAGCCAGCCAUAGAAGGCAUAUUUUGAUGGGUAUAUAAAAUGAUUUGCAAUAAGUUAUGAAUUGCUUAUAUUGAAGGGAACUAGGUUCCUACAAACCGUCCGUCCCUCCCCAGUGUUGUUUACACUGUAAAUUUCCUUCGCAAACUCUUCCUUUCCAGAUAACGUUAAGGCAAGUAUCAAUAUGAACUAUCUAAAAUCAGA